GAGCAGACUUGAGACGGCAGGGUUUUGUGUCGGGGCUAUGUGACUGUGGGUCUUACAGUUAAGAUGUUUUACGCACAGAGUGGACCUGCCAAAUCACGCGGUGAGAGACGUGCGAUGAUUUUGUCGCCUGCAAAUCCACCGGAGGACUAGAUAUUCGGAGUGGCCAUGGCUAUUAACCAUGAAGCUGGAGCCUAACACGUCCAUCGCUUCCAUCGGUCAAAAAAAGCCUCUCUGGUGCUACGUUGAACACACUCUCCAAAUAUGCCAUCCAAGUGUGAGGAAGCCCAGCGGACUGCUUAACACCUGCUGUUCCAUCUGAGUAGGAGGUGGCAACAAAAGACCAAAUGCCAUGGAUGUAUUCAAUUUCACCUACUGGAAUGCCUCUGAAGGCAAUGACACUGAAACUGUGGAAGAGAGUGAAAGCGCCUACAAGACUGUGGAGGUGGUGUUCAUCGUGUUGGUGGCCGGUUCCCUCAGUUUGGUCACAGUAAUUGGAAAUAUCCUGGUCAUGCUUUCCAUCAAAGUUAAUAGGAACUUACAAACUGUCAACAACUAUUUUUUGUUCAGCCUUGCAUGUGCUGACCUUAUUAUUGGAUUGUGCUCUAUGAACUUGUACACAGUCUAUAUAGUUAUAGGCUACUGGCCCCUGGGGCCGGUGGUGUGCGACCUGUGGUUAGCCUUGGACUAUGUUGUCAGCAAUGCAUCUGUCAUGAAUCUUCUCAUCAUAAGCUUUGACAGAUAUUUCUGUGUCACCAAGCCCCUCAGCUAUCCUGUAAAAAGGACCACCAAGAUGGCAGGAAUGAUGAUUGCUGCAGCCUGGGUCCUGUCUUUCAUCCUCUGGGCACCUGCCAUUCUCUUCUGGCAGUUCAUCGUCGGUGGGCGGACGGUGCCUGAGAAGGAGUGCUACAUCCAGUUCUUCUCUAAUGCUGCCGUCACUUUUGGCACCGCCAUCGCCGCCUUUUACCUGCCCGUCAUCAUCAUGAUUCAGCUCUACUGGCAGAUCUCCAGAGCGAGCAAGAGCCGUGUGAAGAAGGACAACCACAAGCCAUCAGGGGCCAUCCCAGAACCCCUGUCACCUGGCCAGAGGAGGAACAACACACCAAAACCCAACAACAACAAUGUACCGGGGGAGGAAGCGGGGAAUUCCCAGAACCAGAAUGCUGAUGAUGGAGCCAACCAGCAUGAUGGAAAACUGCAAAAUGGUAAAGGACCUUCCUCAAACACUGCAGAGGGAGAAAAUGAAGGCGAUGAUGUGGCAAGGGAGAACUGUGCUGCCGGAGAAGAGAAAGAGAGCUCCAAUGACUCAACAUCCGGCAGUGUGGCUGCCUCCAACCAAAAGGAAGAGGAGGCAGUGCCGUCCACAGCCAACUCCAGCGUUGAGACAAGUCAGCCGCUCCCACGCCAGCGAGCCAAGGCCGGUGGUUCCAAGCUGACCUGCAUCAAGAUCAAGACGAAAUCGCCAAAGGGUGACUGCUACACACCAUCCAAUGCCACCGUUGAGAUCGUCCCAGCCUCGGAGCGGCAGAACCACGUGGCGCGGAAGAUCGUGAAGAUGACCAAGCAGCCUCCCAACAAGAAGAAGAAAGCGGCUCCAUCACGGGAGAAAAAAGUGACCCGCACCAUAAUGGCCAUCCUGGUAGCUUUUGUAGCCACCUGGACUCCUUACAAUGUGAUGGUGCUUAUUAACACCUUCUGCUCCAGCUGCAUCCCCAACACAGUGUGGACGAUCGGUUACUGGUUGUGCUACAUCAACAGCACCAUCAACCCGGCCUGCUACGCUCUGUGCAAUGUCACGUUUAAAAAGACAUUCAAACAUCUUCUCCUCUGCCAAUAUAAAAAUAUUAGGUCGGCCAGAUAAAUAUGGGCCACUAGAGCCGAAGUAUGAGUUGCCUGUAUGUGUAUGUGUGUGUGUAUGUGUGUAUGAGCGUGCCAUUCAUGUACACGUGUGUGUGUGUGUGUGUGUUUGUCUAUGAAAGAGGUUUGUGAGCAUGAUAAAGUCUGCAAGAGUAUAUUGAAAAUUACUUUCCAUCAUUUUAUCAUUAGUUUUCCAGUUUCUCUCUCAAUAACCGGUUGUAGCACUCUACACAAAUUCAACUGAUGCCAGUUGCAUUGAGAGGUGUUGUGCAAAAGCAGCGUAGAUAAGGAGGAUUGUGAAAGAUUCAGUGUUGGAGUUCUAAGUUGGAAAAAAAAAGAGGGUGUGUAAAGCAGAGAGCACUUGGGAGUGACACUGAGCUGAUAAAAAAUGAAAAAGAUAAAGAGUGGAGGAAGAUCUACGCUGUACAAAAACAAGAAAACUUCAAAUGGGAAAAUAGGGCUGACUGAAUUUACAAACCUCAGAAGUUUGAAGUUCAGUGAAGAUACCUGUAGAUAACUGUACAUAUCAGUGUAUACUCUAUAUUUUUGUGUGCACAUGUGGGUGUGUGCUGGCUCGGAGUAUGCAUGCACACCCACGUGUGCCCCUCUGCCUGCCUUCUAUCUGUCUGUCAGUGACCAUCAUCACGGCACUUCCAACCAGCAACAUGUAGAAUAAAGUGGGGCAGCUUGUCUAGAUUGCUUUUGACAUGGUCACAUCAGGGCUGGAAGCUAUCCCAUCCACCAACGAGCCCCGGUGGGAAUGAGUUAUCAUAAAUACAUAAUAGAUAUAUAAAUAUAUUAAAGCAGCAUUUGUCAACUUUGCCCACUGGUGGGACCAAGUGGUAGCCAGAAAUAAUUUCAAACUUACUUCUGCCGGUGGUGUUUAACCAUGCACAUGGUUAGGUUGUUAUUACUCGAGCAGAUUUUGAAAUAUCUAUCUGCAAAAUUCUGCCUUCACCCCAAAAACAACUGAGGUGAAUGCUGUUAAGUUUGAACUCACAGCACUGAAAAAUGACAUCUAAAAAAUUUAACAGCAGCUUGUCUUUCCACAGACCAUGUCCUGGUUACAUAAACCUCACUAAGAACAUUUAUUGGAAUUUAAAAAGUAUUUUUGAACAUAAAAUAGUAAGAUUUUUCUUUUUAAAGUGCUUACAGGAUGGUAAUCCAUAUUGCGCCAUAAGAUAGAAAGAUAUUAAUCUAUAGGGAGGAGAUGCAAAUACCAUUGGAUGAGUUGGUGGCUUUCCCAAUUUUGAGUGGAAGGUAUAUGAUUACUCAUUUUCAUGGUGAGAGUUAGAUGAGAAGAUUGAUACCACUCAUGUUUAUAAAUAUCAAGUUGGGGCCAGGCAGCAGCUAGCUUAGCAUAAAGAUUAGAAACUGAGGGAAACAACUAGCCUGGCUCCGUCAGAAGGUAAAAAAUAAAAAUAAAAAAAAUACUCCACCUGCCAUGAGACAUGUUAAUUUCUGAGAUUUAAUCUAUACAAAAACUAAAGUGUAGAACCAACAAGUUGUAGAUUUGCAAUUUUGUUUUCUUUUUUUCGUGCUGGGAGCAGAACUUUCCUGAAGCUAACAUGAGAAAGUGACUGCACCCAGCCAAGAAAUAGUCCCUCACAUAAAACCACGAUUUGUUCUCACACAGGAUUUUGUGCAGCAUUGUUGUAGAAGAGAACUCACUGAAUACAACCUGUCAUGCAUCAUUACAGAGAAUAACCAAAAAGUUACAAAACAACAGUUAUGACUCAGUGUUUCGCAAGAUUGUUCAGUGGCACCCUUUGAUUUGCCAGCUGUUGUACCACAUCCGUUCAGCUUCUACAACUGCUGUCGGGAUGUCUGGUAUUCAUUUUAUAGUUGCUAUUAAGAUAUUUGUCAUAUGUACUGUUAUAUACUUUGAAGUCGUUCACCACUGCAAGGAACCCUCCUACUCAGUGAGAGAAACAGGUGGUUGGAGCUCAGAGCUGUGGCUUAAUACUGUCUGUGGGAAGGCAUAGUGUGACUUUUUGUUUCUUUUGGUGUGUGGGGAUGAGUGGGAGACUUCUUUUGAUCCUGUUGAUUAGUGGAUUGAUGUCACAGCGUGCACUGUACUGUAGUGAUGACUGUGAAGACCUCUGCGUGUGUGUGUGUGUGUGUGUGUGUGGGAGGGGUUGCUCUUGUGUAAGGCAUGUGUGCGAGAUACAUGCUGAUGUGUGUUUGUGCGCUCCAAGAGUGGAGUUUACUUCUGAUCACAGGUUACUGCCUUGUGAUUUAAAUAAGGGCUAUAUCUGCAUCUUUACGUGGUUUGUAAACCAUCUUUUUUAUUUUGAAAAUUAACUUGUGAGUUAAUUAAUUCUAUGAAAAUAAUCAUAUUCUUAGAUUAAAAGUAAUAAAUAGCUGUGCUUAUUUUAAUGAAAAAAGAAAUGAGAAAAUAUCAAUUUACUGUAAGAUAUGUUCUGUGCAUUCAUGCAUGUCAUCCAUCAUUUCACACUAUUAGACAAUUCUGUUACAUUAAUGUAUGCUCACCAGUUGGAGUGAUUGAAUAUGCAGGAGCGUUUGCCAUCAGGAGGUUGCCACAGUGGCUGGUAGGGGGGCUUUGCAAAGAAUUAUUCCUGCACCGAAUAGCUCCUCAAGGCUGUCUCCUUAAAGAGAGAUCUGGGACAGAUCCUAUAAUGAAAACUCACCAUGAGGCUGAUCAGAUUAUGGGACGAUGUGGAACACCUACAUUUGAGAUUAAAGAUUGCCCAUUACACGCUCAGCUUGUGCUUGCAUGCAUCACGCCCAUGCCCCACUUAGUGCUCCACUCAGUCCUGAUCUUGUUAUAGUCUCUCCCUCAUAUGUGAGGUCAUGAAUGUAAAGUAAAUAUCACAUGUUCAUUCAUCAGCGCGUUCUAUAAUUAAUUCUUUGUCUCUCUUUGUCCUGCACUCAUUCUAGCUUUCCUUCCUGCUCCAUUAUACAUUUUACAGCUCAUAUACAUGCCAUAUGCACAGGAUAAACAUCCUUGCACUUGCAUUCAAAUUCAUUCAUUCACAUUUACAUUUCUUUGCAGGCAAACUAUGGUAAAUGCUAUAUUACAAUACCGGAUAUCCAGAAGCUCUGAACGCAUUUUAAUGUAGCUCUUUCAUGUAGCUGUACAAUUAUUAGAAAUAUUCAGGUCCUGUACUCAAAUUCAAGUUGCAAUAUCACUGUGUAGAAAUGCUCUCUGCAUUCAUUAUUUUCAUUUAAAGGUGCUAUAUGUAAGUUUUUGCUAUUGGUAUAUUAACGUUAGCAUGAACGCUGCUUGACAAAGCUCCCCUACAGCCACAGAUCACACAGAGAUUUGUAAACUGACUUUGACAUCAGGACUUAUAGAAAGCCUGCAUUACAAACUGUGAGCAUGGACUGGCACUAUUUUGUUGCAUUAUGGAUGUUUUGUUUUAUAGUCUAGGGACCAUAAGCCAAGAUAUCAUAGCAUCAGUAUUGGCCAUUCUUUUUUAAUCUGUCCCUUUUUAAGUCCCAAACAUUUACACAACUGUACCCUGAAAUAAUUAUUAAAUUGAUUACUUGAUUGAAAAUUAAAUAAUGAAUUAUUCCAAGAAAUUACUUUUUUUUAAGCAAACAUGCCAAAAAUUAAUUGGUCCCAGCUUCUCAAACAAUAUUUGUCACAUUUUUCUGAUUAAUACAUUGUAAACUGAAUCUCUUUUGGAUUUUGGACUGUUUUCAGACAAAACAUAACGUGAAGAUUUUAACUUCAGAUGAUACAGUUAAUGGAUAUUAAGUACAAUGCUUGUGUACUUUAUUUCUUUCCAUCACCGGUGCACAUACAUGGAUGAUCCAUGUUUAUCUAUCCAAGCAGUUUCAGCAGGAACUAAGGCAUCCAUCCAAGUUCAGCAUCCAACCAUCCGUCACAGUGAUAAGUGGAGCCAUGUCUGUCUGACAUCUGUCACACAUCUUAGUAGUGGGUAAAGAGCCCUCCAGAAUAUCUGAUUAAUCUUUUGCUAAGCUGUCAUUUGAGUGAUACCAGCAGGCGAGUAAAGUGGCUCACAGCUCGAGUGGUGGUCCAGGGGUCCCGGUUUGAGCAGCUGCUUGGGUGUUUGAUGGGAGGUGAUGGCAGUUUAUCACCUCCUGGAACGGGAAAAGGGGCGAGAUGCAUCUAAAAAAAACAAAAACAAAAGUGCUUACAGCGGUUAUCUCCGCGCCGUGCACUUUAAACAUCAGGAGCAAAGUUCCUGUAAACCAUUUCUCUCUUUCCUUGCUCUUGUUGCCAAGUUGUCAAACAGAUGAGAACAGAACAGCGUUCAUGUAUCAUGUGUUUCUUUUGUAUUGGAAACGGGGGAAGUGGGUGAUAUGAGAGAACAUGGGGCUUAUGAUAGAAUGAGAGCGCAUCGUUCGGUGACAGUGGAAGAGAGUGGCUGUCAUGCGUGCAAGGGAAAAAGUUGGCUGAUAGCCCCCUAGGUGUACACUUUGUACAUGUGAAACAGAUAAGCUUGCCUUUUGUAGCGUGUGUGUGUGUGUGUGUGUGUGUGUGUGUGGUAGGGGUGGAGGGGUUAAGAGGGGUUGAGGAAAGAUGGAGGAUGGAAGAGGGGGGUCUGUCAGUGACAAAAUCCAAAGCUAGAGGUUCAUGCUGCGUGUGAACCAUGUUUGGAGAAGUCACAGCCGUUCUGUGCGGGUCAGCCAAGGGUUUUGCUGCAGGAAUUUGAGCAUCCCAGACGAAAUCCUGCUGCCUGGUGUAAACACAGUGUGAUACGGCGCUGUUUACCGUCCCCCCAGCACUUUUAUUGCAUCUCAUUCUCAUAUUGUGUCAAUAGUUUCCACUGUUUCUUGCUUUGUGGUUAUAUGAUAAUAACAUUAACAUUUUACAGGUCAAUUCAAACGCACAUAUGCUCACGUGGGGCACAUAUAUUCCGAUGUUCAUCUGUCUAAUACGACUACAAUAAACACUGUCUCCAUUGUAAUCAACAGAUCAUAAUGUGCCGUCAGAGCUAGCUGGGCUCCUCUUCAUACGGCUUAUGUCAAAGGGCUACACUCCUUUUACGGAGUACACAUGACGUGACGUUUUUUCAGAAAUCUUAAGGUUUCUCUGGUUUCACUCUUCUUGGGGCCAUUGCUGAGAAUAAUCUCAACAAUACUGUGCAGCCAUGCAGAGGUGAAAGCGCAGCAGCUCGCGCAUGCUGUGAGAAUUUUUAUCAGAGACAGAAAGUAUAUAUCGCCAGAUUGUACAGAGCAAUUUGCAGUGCCUUAGCCAGAGUGAACAAAUUGCUCUCCUAAAAUCCCUGUUGUGUCUUUAGUGUGUCUGUGUUGAAAGUUGUAGAUGGUGCUGCAUUGUGAUGCACAAUAACAAGCAUGUUAUUCAGCCUUCCUACAUUAUCUUUCUUUCUUUUUUUUGUUAAAGAUAGUGUUUCUCAGCUCUGAGCUCCCAUUACUAUAAUUUCCAUCUCACUGCCUGAUCACAGAGGCAAUGAAAGUUUGGACUGAACAAUCUAAAAUCAUCUCAAUACCUUUUGAAAUAAUUUAUCAAACUGUACAUUGUACAGUCACAGCAGUGACAUGUUUCAGUACUAUCCCGCAGGCACAGCAGGCUAUUUUGGUCGAUUUUCCAUCCAAUAUGUGUGUGUAACUGGUGUGUGUGUGUGUGUGUGUGUGUGUUCACAUUUGUCAUAUGGGAAAUUCUGCUUUCCUGUGCAAACCCUGUGUGUCUGUCAUUAUAUUGAGAUCAGUGCUGUCAUUUGUGCCUGUGUGUGUGUGUUUGUGAGUGUGUGUGGCUUGCUGUGUGGUGUUUUAUUUUUUCCAAAUGGCAUCCUCAGCAUGAAGACAUCAGAUUGGACAAAAUAUCAUGGCACACAUCAGGGAAGAUGUGCACAGUGUGAUUGCUUAUUUCUCUGUCAUCACUCCUUCCUCUUUAAACAGUCUUUCAAUAGCAACAGGCUUCCAAAGACUCACUUAGACUCAGCUUUGCGUGUUACUGGAAUAUAUAUAAAUACAUUAUAUUGUACAUUUUCUAUCACAUUUUAUAAAUCAGUUACUUUUAUCAUUGUACAAAGUACAAAUGUAUUAUUUAAAAACUAGAAUAUGAUCUGUGUACAGUCAGUUUUUUUGGUUUUGAAAAUUAAAAAUGUCUAUUAUAUAUGAAUAUUAUGGAUUAUGAAAGAGAGUAUGAUUAUAAAAACAAAGGGUAUAAAUAAAUGUGCAUUUCUGGAGGCAUGAUUUGCUAAGAAUUGGAUUCCUUGCCUUGCAAAACGAGCCACUGGAUCCAAACUUUUAAAACUUCGGAACAGCGUUUCAGGGGACUUUAGGAGUGACUUUUGCAGCUGGGAAGGGGGGGGGGGCAAACCCGGAAGGAGGACAAAAGCUAAAACUAGUUUCAGUGUGAGCCAGAAGCCCAGAGGCAAAGGGCUUCAUUGUGAUUUCACCUGUAAAUUUAUGAGGCUUUACACUCACCGUGGGAAGAAGCUGGUUGUCUGUUGGACACACUUUAUAACUUUUGCAAUUUUAACAUCCUGGGGGAAAGGUGUUUUUUUUUGUUGUUGUUUUUUUCUUGUGGAGCAACCAACAUGUCAAGGGUUGAGUUCACUGACCUGAUCUGAACUUUAAGGGGUCACAAAUGUGGAUUUAAGACAAAAAAUUAAAAAAAAAAAAAAAAAAAAGAAAAA